AUGACGAGAGUGUGGGGACUAAGGAGUAUGUGGGACAUGAAGAGAGUGUGGGGACUAAGGAGAGUGUGGGACAUGAAGAGAGUGUGGGGACUAAGGAGCCUGACUGUGUCGCACAAGAUGGAGAGGGGAAAUCUGCUGCAACACAUGCGUCACCCUUCCAAACCAACCAUAUCAGGUAUCUCUAAACUACUUGCAUGUGUCAUUCCUAUCGCUCAGAUCACCAUAGGUGCAGUGUACCUUUAUGACUGCCCCCGGCAGCACUACAUCCCCAUUUACCUGAUGGUAAUGGGGGCCUCCGGCCUGGCCCUAGCCCUGCUCUCCUGCCUACCAUGUGCCCAGGACUCAGAUGACAUGGCCCCCAACCUACUGAACCCCCUCUGCACCACCUGGAGCACUCUGGCCUCCCUCUUCCUCUUCUGCUGGUUCAUCAGCGGUAAUGUGUGGAUCUACUCCAUCUAUCAGCCCAAUUUCAACCAGACACUGACUGAGGACCCCUACUGCAACAAGACCCUGUACCUGUUUGCCUUCUGGACCACCACGCUAGCCUACGUUGUGCUGGGCCUUCUGCUGCUGGGGGGAUGCUGUAUGCUUGUCUGUGCCUUUAUACUGGCAAGCGGGACCCUGAUGACAACAUAGCAUGAGGGAGAGGAUGAGAGGAGGGGGGGA